AUGAAGAGGACUCGCAGAGCCUCAACGAGGAGACAGAGAGUGGCUCUCCAAGAUCACUUUGAGGAUACUACAGAGGUUGAAGAUGUAGCUCCUACUCAUGAUAAUAAUGUUGAUGCAGAGGUUGAAGAUGUAGAUGCUACUCAUGAUAGUAAUGUUGAGAUACAUGUUGAGCAUACUGAGCCAUCUUAA